AAAAGAUUAAUAAAUUGAACCUAGAAAAUUUAUUGAGUGCAGAAACUUUCAUCCACAUUGAUGAUGAAAUACCAAUGGAGGAAUUGACUGAUGACCAAAUUAUAGAAGUAAUAAGUCAAGAAACAGUAGCUGAAAUUAACAAUCCAGAAGAGGAGUAG